GUCUAAAUUAUUAAAAUGUCUUUUGUACUAAAUUAUUUUGUAAACAUGGCCUGUACCAUCGGUCAUAGGUCUGUCAAUGCUUUUGUCAAUUUUCCUUUCUACUCGAAAGACGACGAGCCUACACUAGUAGGUGGUACUCUUGAAAAUAAUCUACUGUUUCAGAUCCAUAACUGGAAAACCUGAAGAUGUAUCAAAAGAUAUCGACAGUAGUUUAAAUGUCAUGGAACAUGGAACAUGGAAUUUAACAUGGAAUUUAACAUGGAAUUUAAAUGUCAAUGAAAAUAAUGAAGACAAGGCCCAUUCCAAGAGUGGUGCAGAUGAUUUAAGUUUUCAUGAUGCUCUUUAUGAAAAUUCAGAUGAGUAUAAACCUGACGGAACUUUAAAACUUGAAGAUAACGAUGAAACUACGCUGCCUAAUCUAGAAGAAGUCUUGAACUACGAUAAAGAACCCAAACAAGAUUGUGAUUUUGCAGAUAAAGACGUUAUCCAUGUUGUAGUUGGCAACAGUAAACCUGAAGAUGUGUCAAAAGACGAUAGAAUAACGCGCAUAACAUCAAACGACGGUUUUGAUCAAGUUGAGAACCAGGAAAGCAAUGUCCACCAAACAGCUGACGAGAAUUUGGAACUUGAAGUGUCAAACUUGAAAGAAAUGUCAAACUCGUUGGAUGAUAAUGUUUUGGAAACGAUUGCGGAACCAGGAGUUAUACAAAGCUGCAGAGACUUAGAAAAAGAAAAUGAAUCAAAAGAUAGUAACUUGCAGAAAAUACUUGACAAAUACGAAACCCGUGUUUCUGGAGACAGUGCAACAGUCUUGCCACACAAUGAGAGUAGGCCUAUACGUCCUUAUUGUGAUAGUGGUAUAGGCCUUAUAUUUGAAAGGGACCACAAAAACGAAUGUUUUAAUCUCACACCAGAAAAACUUGAUAAAGAAGAACAUUCACUUAAUGACAGACCGAUGUGUCCCAUUGUCCCAACUCAUGAAAGUGAAGGUCCUCAAACUCCUAAAACUGACCUCAACUCGGGAAACACUCCAGCUUUGGAAACGAAAAUGUCAAAGGAACUUGGAAUUGAAAUGAAAUUUACAGGGAUUUCAGUAAUCUUGGAACCUUCAAGAAAGGCAGACGAUGCGUCAAGCACUUGUUCAAAUGACAGCUGGCACAGGUGGAUUGGUAAAUUCAUGUCAAAUCUUCAGCCAACAUCUCCUAUCGUUCAAGAAGUUUCCCCUGUUGAAAUUUCCACUACCCCAGAGGAAGUCCUCACAGAGGAAUGCGACUGUACGAAAUCCCAUUGUUGUCUUCAACUUGGGGAUAUCGAUGAAGGAUGUCCGGAAAUGAAUUAGUGUAAUGUUGCAAAAAAGAAACAUAUUUUUCUGGCUAAAAUUGUUAUUGUUCAACUAAAUAAACGGGAAUAGACAA